AUGGCGGCCGCUGCCUCUGUGUGUGCGCGAAUCAUGUGCUUGUUGUGCGCACUGAACCCCUGGAUUAUAGCGCAACAUUAUAACAGCGAAUCGGGAAUUUCAGUUCCGGAGCACGGCUUUUGUCAACCCAUCUCCAUCCCGCUGUGCACAGACAUCGCAUACAACCAAACCAUCAUGCCGAAUCUUUUGGGGCACACGAAUCAAGAAGACGCAGGUUUGGAGGUGCAUCAAUUCUACCCGCUUGUUAAAGUCCAGUGCUCUGCGGAUUUGAAGUUUUUCCUUUGCUCCAUGUAUGCGCCAGUUUGCACCGUUUUGGAGCAAGCCAUACCCCCGUGUAGGUCCCUGUGUGAGCGCGCACGCCAAGGUUGCGAAGCGCUUAUGAAUAAAUUCGGUUUCCAGUGGCCCGAAAGACUGCGAUGCGAGGCUUUCCCUGUCCACGGCGCUGGGGAGAUCUGCGUGGGUCAGAAUACUUCAGAACCAAGCGGACCGUCUUCGUCUUCCUCUCCCUUCAUGCCAGAGCUGGUUACACUACCCCCCAAUGUCCUGAAACCAAACCAGCGCCCCCCGCCGCACAAUCAGUUUCACCCAUUUGUUUGCCCAAUCCAGCUGGAAGUGCCACCCUACCUGGGCUAUCGCUUUAUGGGUGUCAAAGACUGUGGAGCGCCUUGCGAGCCCAACAAACCAGCAGGGAUUAUGUAUUUCCGUGAUGAUGAGGUGAAAUUUGGUCGCCUCUGGGUGGGCAUCUGGUCCAUCCUGUGCUGUGUGAGUACUUUAUUCACAGUGCUUACAUAUUUGGUGGACAUGAGGCGCUUCAGAUACCCAGAAAGACCGAUCAUUUUCCUGUCUGGGUGCUACUUCAUGGUGGCACUGGCCUACGCUGCUGGGUUCUUUUUGGAGGACCAAGUUGUGUGUGUGGAUAAAUUCAAAGAUGAAGGAUACAGGACAGUGGCCCAGGGUACCAAAAAGGAAGGCUGCACGAUCCUAUUCAUGGUGCUGUACUUUUUCGGCAUGGCCAGUUCAAUCUGGUGGGUCAUAUUGUCCCUCACAUGGUUCCUCUCCGCUGGCAUGAAGUGGGGACACGAAGCCAUCGAAGCCAACUCCCAAUACUUCCACUUAGCCGCAUGGGCAGUGCCAGCCAUCAAGACCAUCACCAUUCUUGCCAUGGGGCAAGUCGAUGGUGACGUUUUGACCGGCGUAUGCUUCGUAGGGAUCUUCAACGUCGAUGCCCUUCGCGGGUUCGUCCUGGCCCCGCUGUUUGUCUAUCUCUUCAUCGGCACCUCCUUCCUGUUGGCUGGGUUCGUCUCGCUUUUCCGGAUCAGAACCAUCAUGAAACACGACGGAACUAAGACGGAAAAGCUGGAGAAACUCAUGGUGCGAAUCGGCGUCUUCAGCGUCCUCUACACAGUCCCGGCCACCAUCGUGAUUGCUUGUUACUUCUAUGAGCAGGCCUUCAGGGAGCAUUGGGAGCGCACCUGGCACAUGCAGAACUGUAAGCGCUUCGCAGUGCAGUGUCCGGCGCACAAUUUCGCCCCCAUGACCCCCGACUUCACAGUGUUCAUGAUCAAAUACCUGAUGACCAUGAUAGUCGGCAUCACCUCCGGUUUUUGGGUCUGGUCUGGGAAAACCCUCCAGUCCUGGCGGAGAUUCUACAAGCGUCUCAGCAAUAGCAAUCAUGGCGAAACGACAGUCUGA